AUGUGGUCCAUCCCGCUCGCCGGAUGCCCCACGUUCUUAUCGGCCAAACGUCGCUGGACUUUACACCAUUGUGAUACUCCCCCGCACAAGAUAAAUAUGGCCAAGUUUCCCGAGGUUCAGGGAGGAGGCUCAUUAAUUAUAGCCUGGCAGAUCAGGGACAAGCGGGUCUUAGUGGUGGGAGGGGGUGAGGCUGACGCCAAUCAUCUGCAGGUCGCCGCGGGGCGCAUUCUUCACGCUCUCAAUGCUGACGCCCAUGUCACCGUUGUCUGUCCCUCGACUGGUUUAAACGAUGAGGUGGCCUUUCGGGUCGCCGAGAGGCAAGUCAGCCACAUCAAUCGCAAUUUCGAGCCACACGACCUUGACAUGGCGGAUAUGGUGCUUUGCGCUAUUGACGAUCCAGAGGCCUCGACUCAAGUCUGGAAAUUAUGCAAGGAAAAACGCAUUCCAGCCAACAUUGCGGAUGUCCCCCCCCGAGUUAUGGUGAGCACCAAUGGUAAUGGACCAAAGCUUGCUAGUCUUGUGCGCAAGAAAAUCGCCGAGACGUUACCAAGCAAUAUAGGUGCUGCAAUCGAGAAUGUGGGUAAGCUACGGAGGAAGCUAAGGGAGGUUGCGCCCAAUACAGACGAGGGACCAAAAAGGAUGAAAUGGAUGUCCGGAGUCUGUGAAACAUGGAGCCUAGAUGAUCUAGUACAAAUGAGCGAACGGGACAUGGACAGCGUGCUGGCUCACUAUCAAUCGGGCCGCAUUCCCACAUUACAGGAAGUCCGAAAAUAA